AUGUCUUCAGGGUUUGCUUCUCCGCAGCGGGUGCUGAAUCCCGCAUCCGACCUGAUGCUGCGUCUCCGUGGGAGGAGGGCCUACAUCCUUCUGAAGCAAACCACCCACCACUGGUGGCACGUCAAGAGGAGCGGGGACGCCCGGCCUUUCUACAUCCCUGCCCAGUACGUGAAGGAGCUGCCCCCCAUCGCCACCCCGGCCCCGCUCGAUCCCCCGCCGCCGGGGCAUGCCGGGAUGGAUCCAGCCACGCUCGUCCCGCAGCAGCCACCAGCCUACGAGUAUCGGUUCGUCGGUGCUGCCGAGGCGGAGGAACCGGCUGGAGGAUGUUCGGUGCCCCGGAGGGACUCGGUGCCCAGGAAGGACUCGGUGCCCCGGAGGGACUCGGUGCCCAGGAGGGACUCGCCGCCAGCACUCAGCUCUUUUCGGGUCCCCACGGGGCUGAGCCCCCACCCCGCCGAGCCCGUGCGCCCCUCACACUCCCUGGAUGACCUGGCACGGGUGAUGCCAGUGCCACGCAGUGCCACCGCCAUGGGGUCGCGCGGGGACCCCCCAGGACACACUCGCCCGCUUGGGAAGAGCCGCUCCGAGACCCUCUAUGCCCCCGGCAAGGACAAGGACACGGCCAAGAGGUGGCCGGGGUCCGGCCAUGCGCCUCAGGUGCGCAAGGAGCUGGAGGAGCCUCCCGCCCCCAUCUACCUCAACAUCCAGGAGCUGCGGGAAGAAGCUGCAGCCACCAGCUCGGCCCCGGAGGAGCCCGGCAGCUCCGUGUCAGACUGGGAAACCCACACGGAUAUAAACAGUGGACAUUUGUUUUAUUACAACCCGGUGACGGGCGAGACCACGUGGGAUUGUCCCUUUGGGCAGGCAGAAGAUGGAGUGAGUCCCGUCGCCUCUCCCGCCUCCUCGUUCGCCCACAGCCCGGAGUUUCCCGCGUGGGAACAGUACGUGGAUGAAGCCAGCGGACAGGCUUUUUUCUAUAAUUCGGUAACAGGUGAGACGUCGUGGGACCCCCCCCACGCGGGAGACGGAGGCAGCUCCCAGGAUAUGUACCCUGGGGUGACGCGGUACGGUCCCAUGGAGCAGAGGCCGCCCACUCCAGAAACGGACUAUCCCGACUUCUCUCCAGAUGAGCUGGAGGGUUAUCCCGAGGAGGACUACUCGCCCGUGGGCUCCUAUGAUCAGGGGGCUGCUCUCUGUCUGCCCCCGAGGAGCGCCGAGGAGCUGGGCUCACCCCCGGGCUGGUACAGGCACAGCCACCCCGAGGGAGCCGUGUUCUGCCCCGAGCACUUCGCUUCCGACACGGUGCCACUGGGCAGCCGCCACGACCGGGCCAGCAGCAGCUCCAGCCAGGACAGCGGGCUCUUUGCCUGGCACAGCACCGUGCCGCCAGCGCUGGGGCUCAAGGAGGAGAAGUUUAAAAGCCUCGAAAAAGCUGGGGUGCUCAACCGGACCAAGACAGCGGACAGAGGGAAGCGGCUCCGGAAGAACUGGAGCUCCUCCUGGACGGUGCUGGAGGGGGGGAUCCUCACCUUCUUCAAGGACUCCAAGCACUCGGCUGCCGGUGCCUUGCGGCACCCCAGCACCCUGACCACCCCCGAGCACACGGUGGAGCUGCGCGGGGCCACCCUCGCCUGGGCUGGCAAGGACAAGUCCAGCAAGAAGCACGUCCUGGAGCUGAAGACACGGGAGGGCUCGGAGUUCCUCAUCCAGCACGACUCGGAGCAGAUCAUCACCGCCUGGCAGAAGGCGAUCGCCGACAGCAUCGGCAGGCUGGGCACCAACCUCCCCGGCGAGGAGGAUGCCAAGAGCAGGGCUGAAUUCGGCUCCCGGGAGAAGCUGGGGAGUGGCGAGGAGAAGAGGGCAGCACCCCGGUCCCUUGGGAUGAUGGUGACCUGUGCCCCGUUCCCACCAGUGGCCGGGCAGACACCGGGCAGUGCCGGCGGCGAGAGCGAGACCAGCAAAGUCCGGAACAAACUCCGCAAGUUCCUGCAGAGGCGGCCGACGCUGCAGUCCCUGCGCGAGAGGGGCUACAUCAAGGAUCAGGUUUUCGGCUGCUCCCUGGAAGCGCUGUGCGAGCGGGAGCGGGGGACGGUGCCCCGCUUCGUCCUGCAGUGCAUCCAGACCGUGGAGAGGAGAGGUCUGGACAUCGACGGGCUGUACCGGGUCAGCGGCAACCUGGCCACCAUCCAGAAACUGCGCUACAAAGUGGAGCAUGACGAGCACCUGGACCUGGAUGACGGGCGCUGGGAGGACAUCCACGUUGUCACCGGGGCACUGAAGCUCUUCUUCCGAGAGCUGCCGGAGCCGCUCAUCCCCUUCAGCCACUUCGACAAGUUCAUCGCUGCCAUCAAGAUGCAGGACCCGACCAGGCGGGGCCAGUGUGUCCAUGACCUGGUGUUUUCCCUCCCACCCGCCCACCACGACACCAUGAAGGUCCUCUUCCGCCACCUCUGCAGGGUUAUCGAGUACAAGGAGGAGAACCGCAUGUCGGUGCAGAGCAUCGCCAUCGUCUUCGGCCCCACGCUGCUGCGGCCGGCGAGCGAGGAGGGGAACAUGGCCAUGCACAUGGUCUUCCAGAACCAGGUGGUGGAGCACAUCCUCAACCAGUACAGCUACAUCUUCCCCGACGGCUAA